AGGGUGCGUAUCAGACUUGACCUAAAUAGGGCUCCCCAUUUUCUCCGUGAACGACGGCCCCGCUCUCUCUCGUCGUCGCCGCCCCGAAGCUAUCGGAGCUGAAGCGUCUUUAUCGUGUAGAGAUGUUGUGUCUAGUAAUUACAUUUGUUCCAGGUGUAGAGAGUUUGACCAAUCGUGUUCAAUCCUUCGAUCUUCUCAAACCUCAAUCGACCCCAUCGUGUUCGAUCUUUCCAUCUCCAGCCGCGUCGACUUCCGGCAUCUAUAGUUCAAUCUUCGACCUCAAUCGACCUUACCUCAACUCAGCUUUGAAGGAGAAAUUAGAUUGGGGUAUUAGAGAAAUCAAGGCUGCAAAUAUAUUGCUUACACAAGACUUUGAACCUCAAGUGGAUGAAUUUUUGAAAAUGUUGGACGAAGAAGUUUUGAAGACGGAAGCAUUUUUUAUAAACAAAGAAGCGGAGCUUUUGAAAAGGGGGAACAUAACGAAAUUAAACUUGAUCAUUUUCUACAUUCAAAGCAUAAUUAAUAAAGCGAGAAUCUGAAGAUCACGUCUAGGAUGAGCUGGUAGAUGAAUUUUUGAAAAUGUUGGACGAAGAAGUUUUGAAGACGGAAGCAUUUUUUAUAAACAAAGAAGCGGAGCUUUUGAAGAGAGGGAAAGUAACGAAAUUAAACUUGAUCAUUUUCGACAUUCAAAGCAUAAUUAAUAAAGGUUAGCACCCGUUCCGCUAUUUCCAUGCACAAUUACGCCUUGAGUG